AUGUCAAUUGAUCUCAUUCACCGUGAUUCUUCAAAAUCACCAUUUUACAAUCCCACACAAACUAAAUUUCAAAGAAGUUUCAAUGCUUUGUAUCGAUCUAUCAACCGCGCCAAUUAUUUCUACAAGGUACUUUUUUCUACUAAAAACAAACUUGAGUCAUAUAUGCCUUAUGAUAACGUUGAAGGUGAAUAUCUCAUUAGUUAUUCGAUUGGUACCCCACCAUUUAAAGUUUAUGGGAUUUUAGAUACAUGUAGUAACUUAAUCUGGCUUCAAUGCAAAUCUUGUAAUACAUGUUACAACCAAACCUCUCCCAUUUUUAAUCCGUCAAAAUCUUCUAGUUACAAAAAUAUUUCAUGCUCAUCUAGAACAUGUAAAUCUAUGGAAGAUACUUCUUGUUCUUAUGAUGAUGGAGAUGUUUGCCAAUAUACAUUAGAUUAUGGUCACGGAAUCAAUACACAUGGAGAUCUUAGUGUAGAGACUCUUGCAUUGGAUUCUACCACCGGUUCUUUUGUCUCAUUUCCUAAAAUUGUUAUAGGAUCUGGACACAAUAAUGGUGACCCAAUGAAUAAUGGUCCAAAUUCAAGUGUAUUUGGUUUUGGAAGUGGAAAUACCUCAAUUAUAAAACAAUUAGGAUCUUCAAUUGGGGGAAGAUUCUCGUAUUGUUUAAUUGAUCAAUAUAAUAGCAAGUCUAUUAGAUCUAGCAAACUCAAUUUUGGAGAUGAAGCUAUUGUUACCGGUGAUAACGUUGUUUCAACUCCUAUAGUAAAAAUGAUAGGAAACCGUCAAAAAGACUAUUACUACCUAACUGUGAAAGCAUUUAGUGUGGGAAAUAAAAGAAUAGAGUAUAGAGGGUUUAAACGUGAAGGAACAAAUGCUUCUACGCAUGAAAUCAUAAUUGACUCUGGUACAACUGUAUCUAUUCUUCCAUAUAAUUUUUACUAUAGGAUGGAAUCAGCUGUUAAAAAAGUUGUUAAAUUAGAGCGUUUUCAAGUUCGUGCAGAUCCAUCCAGCCUUUGUUACAAUACCACAUUCAAACAAUACAGCUUUCCACCAAUUACGGUACAUUUUAAGGGUGCAGAUGUUAAGUUAGAUUCGAAGGGCGCAUUUUAUUCUCUAUACGAGGGGGUUGAAUGCUUUGCAUUUCAACCGUAUAAAAAUGGAUUAGGUAUCUUUGGGAACUUGGCACAAGUAAACUAUUUGAUUGGUUACGAACUCAACAAAAACAUUGUCUCUUUCAAGCCUACUGAUUGUGCCAGCUAUUGAAUACGUAUAAAGACGGGUUGUUGAACUUAUUAUGUAACUUUAUAAUAAAGUUUGUAUUUUUGGUUGUAGAAUAUAUUCUGAAAUGUUAUAUAAUAAAGUUUAUAUUUUGUUCCAGAUGUCUUUUAAGAGUAUUUUCAAUUGACUAUUUUGAAGAAUAUACUGAGUUUCAUUGCCAACUCAAUCAUUGAGCAGGUGCAGUAAUUUGCUUUGAUAAAUAACUGUUAAUAUUUAAAUUUAUGCACCAAAUGCUUCUGAAUUGAUUGGAUGAUACUCUGGGAUUUGGAAAGCAUGGAAUCAUAUAAAUUGAGGAUCUUAUCCAUGUGAAGCUUGAUAUACUGUAUUGCAAUAUAUGAAGGGAUUGAGUUCAACUGCAGUCUUAGACCCUGCAUUCACUCAUUCAAGCGUCCUUAGCCGUCUGUUUCGGAAGCCCCGCAUUCACGCAUUCAAGCGUUGGUAGCCGUCUGAUUAAAAUCGGACGGUUCUGAUUUAAAAGAGGAAGUUUGAAAAUUAGUCUGUUUUUUUUACUGUAGGUUAAGAUUCAACGGUUAAUAAUGCUCUGAUUGCGUAAAUGCGGCAUUUUAAAUAUCAUACAACUACCUUGUAUUUUAAUUUUAUGUAAAAAAUACAAGCUAUUAGAUGUUUUUGUGACUCAACA